AUGGGGAAUGAGGAAAGCCAACAGGGGGCCGAAGGAGUUCCCGGAGGAGCUCCCGGUGGCAUGCCAGGCAUGGGUGGCCCACGACCUCCAGGCGCAGGGGGUGGGGGCCCUUUGGGCGGUAUGAUGGGUGGUAUGCCCCGAAUGCCGUCGAUGCCCACGAUCCCGGGCAUGUCCAGUUUACGUCCACAAGGCCCAGGUCCAGGCGGAGGCGGUGUCGGUAGUCUCCUUGGAUUCGGUGGUAGUACCCAGCCUCAGGCGCAGCAAAUGCAACAACAACAGCAGCAACAGCAACAACAAAUGCCGCCGACGAGUAUGGGCACCACACCGGGAAUGGGGGGACCCAGGUUCCCCGCUCCUAGACCGACCGGCUCAGGACCAGGACCUCCGGGACAGACUUCGGUUCCAGGACAACAAGGAGUACCACCGGAUCUUGAUAUGAGUGAUUUAUCGGCAGAGGAGAGAGCAAAAAUACUCUCUGUAAUGGCCCGUGCCCAGGAAGACGGCGAUGCUACAAAAAUGAUGCCACAGCAACAAAAUCAACCACAAGGAACGCCUAGUCAACAACAGCAGCAACAGCAGCAGCAGCAGCAACAACAACAACAGUUACAACAGCAGCAACAACAGGAACAGGAUAUAGCCGCAGCAGCCAGACCACAGCAGCGUUGUCCCAUUUGUAAAAAUACAGACCUCAAUCUAGAGGCAGGUUGUCGCUGCGUCGACUGCGGCCGAGUGGCGUGCACUAGAUGCGGAACGCCACUGCCACAACCAGAUGGAAAGAGACCCUGGGUAUGCAUAGAUUGUCACAAGAAAUUCCAACCCUCCCGGACGGGCGAUCUUCGAAGACAACCGACCCAAGCGGAAGGAGUUGCCAAUCCUAUGAAUCCUAUGAAUCCCAUGACCAAUCAGCCUACCCAGGGGUCAUUCCAAGACCCAAAUAGUAUGCAAGCUGGGGGAAUGGCCAACCAACAAAAUUUGAUGGGCCAAAACCCGAACCUAAUCGGAAAUCAGCAGCAAGCUGGCUUCCCAGGAUCUAAUUCGGGAGUUGUUAAUCAAAUGAACCCUAUGGCUGCGACAAACAGGCCACCAAAUCAGAUGAACCCUAUGCUCGGUGGGCAAAAUCCACAGAUGAUGAACACAGCGGUCAAUCCAAAUCAGAUGAUGAAUCAACCGGGCAUGAUGAACCAGAAUCCAAUGAUGAACCAAAUGACUGGCCAGAACCCGGCGAUGUUCAAUCAGAACUUGGGAAGCAAUCAACAAGCAAUGGGCGCCGCGACGACUCAGCAGCAAAGCACAGCGUCCUCGAUAUUAGGAGGACUUCUCGGAGGUGGAAAUAGUCAGCAACAACAACAAAAUAAUCCGAACCAACAACAAUCCACCGGAAGCUCGUUGCUCGGUAGUAUAACUGGUGGGCUUCUGGGAGGAAGCACGCAGCAGCAACAACAACAACAACAGCAACAACAACAACAGCAGCAGGGCUUCCCAGGCAUGAUGGCACCUAACCAGGGACCUGGUAUGAUGGGAGUGGGCCCUGGUGCAAUAAUGAAUCAGAAUCUGAGCCAGAAUCCAAUGAUGAUGAACCAGGGCCCACAGGCCAUGAUGGGUCCCAAUGGGCAACAUAUACUGGGACCUAACGGUCAACCCAUACUGGGUAUGGGAAACGCACAACCCAUGGCCAUGAUGGGAGCCAAUGGUCUACCUUUGCUGGCAAACACACAAACUGGACAAAUGGGACAAUUCGGUGCAAUGCAACAGCCGUUUGGAAACAUGCAGCAAGGCAUGAAUCCAGCUUUAGGACAGCAGUCGUACGGGUAUGGUCAGGGACCAGUACCUUCAACGAACGAUCCAUAUGAUCCGUAUGGCAAGAGGCCUGAAAAUCAACAAAUGCAGCAGCAGAGCGAUGCCAACUGGCAACAGCAGCAGCAACAACAGCAAAACUGGCAGAAUAGGACAAACGACCAGGACGGAAGAAUGGCCUCGAUGAUGGCGGGCCCUCAGGGCAAGCCAGUGGUAGCGACAAACCAACAAGGAGCACACGUUCUUAUGACCGUCUAUCAGACGGGGGGGCAGAGAAGCCAAAUGGUCGACGCCGAUGCUGCUCUGGAAGUUUACACUAUUCCGGAGGAGGCUGAAGAGGAAGCAGCUCUUGACCUCCCGGUAGCCAGCGGCAGCACGGCGGGCCUAUCGACGAGUCAAGACAUACUCAACUCAGACACUGCCCAGAGCCUGCUACGGUGGAGAGGCCAACAAGGUCAAUUGCCACCGCAGCAGGACACACGCGAGCAGAAGCCUAAAAACCUCGCAGCUCCGCGUUCCCAGAGGACUCUACCAGCACAGGUAACAUCUUCCUCCCCGAUAGAAAGCGCUACUAGCUAUCAUUCUGCCCAACCGGCUGUGGUUCAGUCUUCUGCGAACGAAAUCGCUUCUACACAAUCGUCUGUUGCCGCUCGAACGGUCACGGUAACGGCCAUGUCGACCCCGCUGACCUCUGUGCGCGAGGAAUCGCCACACGAGCCCCUGAGUGCAGCAUUCUCAGGUCUGUCCGAACACACACAAGCUAUUCUUGACAAACUCAAGAACACACCGCCUCUGGCCGGUGCCUCCUCGACCAAUGGUCUGUCGCAAAGACAGAACGGCUAUACCUCCGCCAAUCGGUCGAUUGCCGGUUCCACAUCGCCAACGGAUCAGCGCUCCAAGGAUCACAAGGAUCGUUAUGGAGAAGGGCCCGCACCGACUGCAGCCCAGAGUCCAAGUUUCCAAGCGACUGCCUCUUCCCAGCGACAGGGCUCCGGACAGUAUCCCGAGCCCAGCUGGAGAUCGCAAGACACUGAAUUUGCCCAAAGGAGAACUAUAUCCACUUCCGAUGAAGAUAACCGAAGAUUCGAGAAGAAUGACCGGAGGCUCGACUCCGACAGCAGAAGAUACAACUCCGACAGAGACCGCUACUAUUCGGAUAGGAGAUACGAUGCCGAAAAGCGAUACGACUCUGGAAGGGGACCCUAUGACCCCGAAAGAGGGCGUCACGUUCCCGAUCGGAACAGAUCCGAUGACGACAGGAGAUACAGCUCUGACAGAGAUCGUUAUGAGUCCGACAGACGUGUCGAGCCGUCAUCUCGACGAUACGACGAUGAGCGUCGCGCUGAAAGGAAGAUGUAUGAUGACGUCGAUGAUGGAUCCUAUGAUCCCGACAGACGUUAUGACGCAGCCCACAGAUCGAGAGACGAUUACGAAGAUGAGCGCGAGUACAGAGAACAGCGUCCGGUUAAUGAGCCCAUAAUCGCAACACGGAUCGUUCCCCGUGGCAACGAGGACGCCAGUCUUGGUUCAUCACUGAGUUCUCAACAACACAAUCAACAGCCAUCAUCAAAGCCCGAGGUGCGAAAGCGACUACCCCAGCAGCCAGGUGGUACCCUAGAUCGAGACGCGUGGGAGGGUUUAUCCCCGAUCCAAGACAUGUCUCCAAUUUACGAAGAAUCUAGCAGCAACGGCCACUUUCACAUGCAGAGGAGCUCGAUUCCACGUGCACAAAGCGGCACGAUAUCGGGAAUGCUUGCAGACUUCGACCGUGCGGUCGCGGGGCAUGCCACCGAUAUGUAUGGUAACCCUCUGCUCCAGACAAACGAGCAACGUUUGCAAGUGCAACAGCAGAAUCCGCAGCAGCAGCAGCAAAUGCAAGGCUAUCCUCAACAAGCGUUACAGCAUCCGAUGGAUCAACAAGAGCUGCAAAGAACCCAACACCAUCAGAUGCAGCCUCAGCAGGUGCAACAGAACCUCUCGAUGCAGAUGCAAGGCCAGCGACAAUUUCAACAGCCUCAGCAACAAAUGUCGCAGCAGCGACCGCCCAAUCAGCUGCCGCCCCAGCUGCAGCAGCAACAACAACAGAUGCCUCCCCAUAUCCAGCAGCAACAACAACAACUGCCUCCGCAUCUCCAGCAGCAGCUGCCUCCCCAGUUGCAACCGCAGCAGCAGCAGCAAAUACCUCCCCAAAUGCAGCAACAACAACAACAACUGCCUCCGCACCUGCAACAGCAACUGCCUCCGCAUCUGCAGCAGCUGCAGCAACAACAGCAGAAACUGCCUCUCCAGCAGAACAAACUCCCGGCGAGCCUGCAACAACAACAACAAAUACCUGGCCACCUGCAGCAGCUCCCUCCCCACCUGCAGCAGCAGCAACAACAACAGCUUCAACAGCAAGCUCUGAAUCAGCCUCAAGCGCAACAGGGAGGGGCGCAGAGGCGCCAACAUCGACGUCUCCCGCAGGAACCGUCGGAAAUCAAAGCUGUAACGCCGAAGAUGGCCGCUGCCGCAGCUGUGUCCACGAUGACCGACACAGGCGGCCGUCCCAUACCAGCCCCACGGUUGCUAGGUAGUCAGCCGACUCAAGUGAGCCCUCAGACGGUUCUAGUGCAACAGGCUAACGCUAAUGUGGGUACCUUGGUGACACCGGUAGUCGCUAAACACCCAAGCCUGGUUUGUGGGGUUCAGAGAUGCAACGCCACCCCUGUUCAGAUCCUGCAGCCACAUCAGUGCACCGCGUUAGUGCAGACGCCCAGAGCCGCCCAAGUCGCCCCCAACGCAUCAAUUCAAGAGCCGGGCCAAGCGCCACCUUCCUCCUGCCCACAUCAUCAUUCGGCCGCUGUCCCGGCAGGAGCUUCCGUUCAAAAUGUGACGUGCUGUCAUCACCAUGCGGUCGCUACGACUCCGGUCCCUCAAGUGGUCCAGCUCGUACCUAAUCAUCUCCCCCACCAUCAUCAGUCUACUAAUCAAACGAGCGACCAUCGAUCAUCCGUUGGACCGAUACCGCAGCCGCAGCAACACGCGUGCCAGACGACCGGUGUUCAGAUCAGUUCGAGCUCCAAGACCCCCAUUACUCCUCAAACCCCAGGAAGUACCCAGGGGGGUGACUCUUCAGAUACGAUGAGCGAAGCUGACUCGACAAGGUCAGGAAAAGUUCGUCGAAGACUACCGCCCGUUCCUCCGGGAGAGCAGGACACAACUGCUCUUCUUCUAGGCGCAGGGGGACGACGUUCUAGGGAUCGUUCACGUGGUGCUCUAUCCGCGGCUGGCGAAAGACGCCGUGCCCCAGUCCACCUGCCUCGAGCCGCCUCCGUAGACGGUAGCGGUCUCCCCAUCACCAAGGCCAACUCCAGUGCGGCAGACGCUCUACUACUGUCAGCUUCUGGCCUCGAUGGAACGAUAGCCAGGCCGAUGUCGGCCACGGCCUCCUGCCUGUACGGAUCCGCCGUUGUUUCCCCCGGUGGAGCGGCAGGCAAAGCUCUUCCUUCGUAUAUGACGUCCCUCAAGGAGCAACUCCGAGAAGAACUGAAGAGCGUCACAAGUGAACGGAAGCGAAUGCUUGAACUCAACAACCGGGACAGCACGCGCCGCUCAGAGAAUGAUCUUGCGUCUCUCCUAGCAACAUGGAAGCCCCUACAGGGCGAAGCCGAUGAUCCACUCCUCACUCACAGAAGACAGCUUUCGGAUUCGAGAAUAUGUCAUCCAGACAGCGCUCUAGAACCUAGCAAAAAAGCCGAAUUGGCAGCGCUUGAAGCUAAAAGGGCCGCACUCGCGGCCAGAACAGCGAAGACGAUGCCGAGUAGAUCACGGACACCCAUGGGGCCGCUCGGAGCUCGACCCUCGUUCAAAUCGUACGAGUAUGAAUACCUUGAUGAUCUUCAUCGACCUCUCCCGGGGUUGUAUCAGGGACUCCGAAGCGGUUCCAUGACCGACCUCCGACAAGCAGCCACGUACAGGACUGGUCUCGACUCCGAUUUGGCCGGACCUAGCAUCCGGUCAGGUUUUGGACCCUCGAUUCCGCUCCGACAAUGCUCGUUAGAAUACGAAUCCGAUCCUCUUCUACGAGGUAGAGCGUACGACCCGCUGGUCGAGCCCACAAUGGCGUUACCCUUGCGAGCUCGAUCAGCGCUCGGACGCCCCGCGCCAUUACUGGCAGGAAUCCGUCUCUGUUCAGGACAACCGAGAAAUCGAUCUAAACCGAGAUCAUGGCAUCCGUCGCCAUAUGUAUCCGAAGACGAAGAAGAAGCAAGGGAGGAGCGCAAGGCGCAAAUCAAAGCGGAAAUAGCGCGACGACGACACCAGAUUGAAGGUAACGUAAGACUGCGAGAUGAACUCUGGAAACUCCAACGGCUACAGCAAAGCGAAACGGGCCAAAUGCCGGGGUAUCGAGACCCGCUUGGCUCUUACGGAAUGUGCGGAGUUGCCUGUCCACCGAAUCGUCGGAGCGUCUUGAACGCUAUCGACGAUUACCUACAGCGUGACUACCGCACCGGUCAAUUGAUAAACCAAAGACCAACGUUCGGAUAUGCGCCACAGUACGACGUCGCAACGCGUUUGGCUCAGAAAGGUUUGGGGUUCGACCCGCUGUCCGCUGCUGGUCACAGAGCACAUACGACAGCAGCGGCAGGACCUUACGGAGCACCAGUUCGGACGGCGGCUGGCAUCCACCAGCCUGGUUACUACAAAGACGACUUAUACGCCACAGUUCCUCAACGCAACUUGAGCGGGAGACCUCCUCUCUUCAGAGGCUCCAGCUUAGGAGAUGAAUAUCCCGCGACGGCUUACAGCUCUGAUCCAACACACGACGGAUACGUCGACAUGUACGGACGGAUAGGUAUGGCAGGUCGACGUCACAGAGACGCCAUUUCUUCGACUGCUCCCUACGUCGAACCUCUGAUGAUGUCCGCCGAUUUCUCUCCGUUCACAACGGACACGGAGAUGACGCCAUCUGACAGUAUGGCAACACCUGCGAUGCCCUUAUUACCUGACAUGCCAACGCGAUCAAGAGGAUUGUUAGAGAAUUUAGGCGGUGUUCAACACAUGCGAGGCUCGGGCCCCACGGGAGCCUAUGGGGCCAGAGAGCUUCUUGGCAACCCACUAUUCAGGAAUACGAGGGGAGCCCUUCCACUUCGGCCUUUGCAACCAGCAGUACCCGGUAUCAACCAGCUAUUACAGCAACAACAAGAGUUGCGCCAACGUACGCAGCAGGCCAAGCUUCCAGGACGAUACCUUCAGCAGCAGCAGCAGCAGGCAGCUUUAUCAGGACAACAGCCUUUCGGAAACCCGUACAGCGGCCAUCAACGAUAUACCCCAGCAUCCAUCCAUCAUACAACAGGCCAAGCACUCGGCACACACCAAGUACCCUUUUCAGAUAAAGCGCAUUUUGCUCAUUCGGGACCAUCCCAGAGACCAAUCGGCGCUACACAAUGUCCUGACGAUGUUCCAUCGGUUCUCCCGUCGAACCUAGACGAGCGCCAUGUCAUUGCAGGGAGCGGCAGCGGUUUUGGUGUUGAAAUUGUCGGGGGGCGACCUUGCCUCGAUGCUGCGGGCGGAACGGGGGCAUUCGUGACGCGAGUCAUCCCCAAGCCCGGGGGUACGGUUAAUACAUUGGGCGAAGUUCGCGUUGGCGACCAGGUGCUUGAAUGGAAUGGCGUGGUACUUCAGGGCAAGUCCGCCGGAUAUGUGAGCAACAUCAUCGCUCGCACCCUAGAGGAUGAGAUCGAAGUUGUACUCAAAAGUGAUCCCAACCAUAUCCCUCAAUCCCGGAGCUUAGCGAGCCAUAAAAGUCAUCCGACGUCGUCUUCUUUUGAAACUCUAGAUGAGCCCAAUAGAAACGCAGACUCAUUGCUCUCUUCUCACCUCCACCAAUACCUCUCCAACGAUUGGAAGAUGGGUUAUGAAGUGAUCCCCCACACGCUUCGGGAACGUCUCCCAGAGGAAUUCAAAAUGCUCCGUAGACGAGGAAUGCAGGAGCCUUUCGUUCCGCUACGAGUUCUGCCCUGA